GUCAGUCAGCCAUCAUGAUGAACUUUCAUGACGGCGAAGGUUCAACUUUUUUCUUGCCCUCGCGAUAUCUGCCAGGCAGCCUUCUUCUAGAAUGUAGAGUUUCUGUUACUGGUUACGGGUGUUGCAAAAAUACGGAUUUCUAGGCUGCGAAAACCUCCGGAAUAGUGCGUGCGGAGCCGCGGAGUGUGCGAAAAUGAAAAAAUGGUGAAUCAACUUCGCGGAUUUCGAUAAAAAAAAAUGGAUAAAGAGUCGAGUAGAUUAGUGAGUGAUGAAAAUUUUGCGCAAAAAUAGUGCAAAAUUAUGGUCAUAGCAGCCUGUGCAGAAGGAAAAAUCUACUACUACUGUGUAGAUAAAUCACGAAGAAAACAAAAACAAAGAAGCAAGUGGAUUUAGAUAAAUAAAAUCCAACAGCAAUCUCAAUGAGGUGGAAAACGGAAAUACCCAGUGCGAACUGAUUGAUUGAAUAGUAAAACACAAAGUUUAGGGUUUUUCAAGGGUCUUCGGAAAACCUGGAAAAAUUGUUUUAGCGGGUAACAGUAGCAACAGAGAAAGAGGAUGCCGAAAUGUGAUGUUAAAACUAGGUAUAUUCCGGCGACCUUCGCCUGGACAUUGUUGCUGGGCACGACGUUUCUGUUUUUCUACUAUCCAUGCCGCCAGUUUUACAUACAUCGACACCCAUGGGUACCGGCUUAUCAGGCUGUCAUCACGUUCUUCGUCAUCGCCAACUUUACGCUGGCCACCUUUAUGGAUCCCGGUGUCAUACCGAAAGCCCCACCUGACGAAGAUCGCGAGGAUGAGUUUCGCGCACCACUGUACAAAAAUGCCGAAAUCAACGGCAUCACGGUGCGGAUGAAAUGGUGCGUGACAUGCAAAUUUUACCGGCCACCACGCUGUUCGCACUGUUCCGUGUGCAACCACUGUAUCGAGACCUUCGAUCAUCACUGUCCGUGGGUGAACAACUGCAUCGGUCGACGGAACUAUCGUUUCUUUUUCUUCUUCCUGAUUUCACUAUCAAUCCACAUGAUGAGCAUAUUUGCCCUCUCGCUGAUCUACGUGCUACAGAAGGAGAAGGAUAAGCUAACCGAGGUGGAACCAAUUGUGUCAAUGGUUCUUAUGGCGAUCGUUACCCUGCUGGCGAUUCCGAUCUUCGGGCUGACUGGUUUUCACAUGGUUUUAGUGUCACGAGGACGGACAACCAAUGAGCAGGUCACCGGAAAGUUCAAAGGCGGCUACAAUCCGUUUUCACGCGGUUGUUGGAACAACUGCUGUUAUGCCCAGUGCGGCCCGCAGUAUCCAAGUUUGCUGAAACCGCAGAAGUAUGUCGCUCGCCGUUCCAACAAGGAAAACCAAUCGAUCAGUACGAUCACGAACGACGGUGGUCCUGGUGGAGGUGGAGGCGGAGGUAAUUCCAGUCGUCAUCUCAACUCCCAGCAGCAGGCCCUUAGCGGCAGUGGUUCCGGCGGCAGUAGCGGUAGCCAGGGCAUCUAUGAUAACAGUCGCCACACGCAGGUAAAAACCUAUAUGGAUCAUGGCAAUGGUCACGGUAUUCGUACGGUUGGAUCCAGUCAUUACAGUAAGCUCUCGUGCUCUCUCGAAUCAUUUUUGAACUCUAGCAAAAUGUUCCUCGAGAAGGAGCUAUCACCGGGUCGGGAGUGCUCCGACAUUGACAUGGAACCGCAGGCAUCGCAAAGUCGGGACUGUGAACCGACACCACCUCUACAGCGACACGGUUCCAAGAGUAAUUUCUUCCUACCACCGAUUGAUGGUAACGGAGGAAUCAACAUAGGAGGUGGUGGUCAGGGUCAAGGUAGCAACGGUGGUGGUGAUUCACCACGACACAUACGGAUGUACCAUCCACGACACAGUCCGCAUCCUCGCCAACGAGGAUUGGAUCCGUCUCGAAGCUUCACGCCGGAGGGCCUAUCACCGGAUCAGCCUCCGCCGAUGAUAACUAUUCAACAACAGCAAGCCCAACAAAUGCAACAACAACAGCAGCAGCAGCAAAAUCAGUCCGGUAUGCCACGGGGCACUUCGGCAACACCGACAAUGCAGCAGCGGAUCAAGGCUCUCGGUGUAGCCACACCUCUGGCGUUGUCUAGUCCUGUUAGGAGAUCGAAUCCUGGUACGCCAACCCAACCCCGACGACCAGAUUUCAUCGGAGUGAACAUGGUCAACCAACAGCAGCAGCAGCAACCAGGUGCAACCUAUUACGAUUUUCCCCUCCAGCAGCAACAACAGCAAGUACAGCUUCAUCAAACGGGUCUUCCACCAGUGCAUCCCUAUCAUCAGCAGGCGCCAAUGUCCCAGCAACAGUCACAAUACCCGAUGAUUCACCACAAUGGUGGGCUGCCCCAGCAACAGCAGCAGCAACAACAGCAACAGCAAAGACCUCCGAACAUUGUCUACCACCACGGAAGUCCUCAGCGACGUUAUCUCUCCGAGGGAGAAUUAGCUCGCCAGGGAGCCGAACUGUCCUAUGCUAGGAGUAACCAAACGGUGGACAACAUUCGCGAACUUGCUGGAAGUCCCCAGCGGGGAGUUUACAUGUGGAAGGAUACCUCGCCUGGUUUCAGCAACGGAAACGGAACAGCCAAUCAGACGCAACAACUACUCAGCAAUCAGACACAAUCUCCAGGGGUAUUCGUGAGUAUGGCUCAAUCUGUCUACCAGAACACACCCAGUCCAACAGCACCUCAACAGCAGCAGUCGCAACAACUACCCCAGUAUGGUAGCGUUAGUGCGGCCCGCUAUCAACUACAGCAGCAACAGCAGCAGGCCAGCAUGAACAGCUACCAUCCGGCACUUCGCGGUGGUGUCCCAGUGUUUCCUCCUCAACCCCUUCCAGCUUCGGCAGUACCAAAUGUUGUUACUGCCACAGGCAAUCCAGUCGCACAAUCUGCCAACGGUCCGCAGGCUCCAUCGCCGCAGAUCAAACGGAAGGCCAUCCCUACCAGACCGAUGUCGUUUGUGAGGGCACUCGAGAUGACUGACGCAAUCGAGAUGAACCCGACCGACGGUAGCAGCAGUAGCGGGCAGCAGCAACAACAGCCGGGUGGGCAGUCCGGACGGGCAACUACUCCGACGCCACCGGAACGGGGUAGCGUGUACGAUAUGAACUACGAGAUUUCCGUAUAACAAGAGCAGCCGGUGGUGAAGCAGCAGCAGCAGCAGCAACAGUAGUAGCAAUAGUUGUAGGCAACGACUUGGUAAUUAGUGGUGGUAAGCGUGCAAGAAUUGUCGUUUGUUGGUAGACGCCAUGGUUGUUUUGUUUGGGUUUUUAUAUUUAUUCUUAUUUCAAUUGUACAGUUCAAUCCCUCCUUACGGUAGAUUUCUAGCGUGUAUGUGCCACGUGAUUUUAGUUAUGGCAGUCUUGUCUUUGUUUUACACAAUAGUCUAACGUACUAACCUGUGCUGUUGUCUAGGGCGUGUACAGUUGGUUUACUAUAGUGGUAAUAUUUUCGGGGAACGAAAGAAAGAGGUGCCAUUGCUGGGACGCUUGACUAGAUCGCUCGGUUGAGUGAUCUACCACCUAUUAGAAAAAUCAUAGGAUAGGUUUCUCAAGUUAUGUAAUGAAUUGGUCAAUCUGGACUGUAGCAUGAGUAAAGACCUUAUACAUACAUUUUUUCGAAUAUUUUUGUGUUAUACCUAUAGUUAUUCUGCAUUACGGCGGAUACUGUAUUUUCAAAUCGAGAAUCUGUCACAUCCGAUAGAAUAUAGACGAAGUGUGAAAUAUUAUUCCAUCUAGUUUAAAAUCGGCGAGGUCGUUGAGAAGUACGAUUCGCCUUUCUAAUUUCUAAAUUGAAGGAUAUUUGUGAUCUUCAGUUAAGAUCAUUAAACUAUUACAUUUAUGUAUUGACAAAUACAGCAACUGCCACCAGCUUACUAGUGUGUCCAACAGGCAUUGUAAUGAGCAGAUUAGACACACUUCCCUUUCGUGUUUGAUGCGUUGCCACGCUCAAAACACGCUCUAAAAACAGUUAAUAGCUUUGUAUUCUUGUUUCGUUGCUAAUAGUGUAAAUAUAUUGGCGCUGUAAGGUUAUUCCCUACUCGCGUGAUUUAGUGUGAAUUACGAUGCCUGGUACCCAGAAAAUGUUAUCACUUGCCAACGGUUCGCUUUACACAAAUUUAACUGAUUAGUUUUAGUAACUGCUCAUCGAACUCCGCCCUUCUUAACGUUACUUCGUACUGCGACCUUAAUAUUUGGUUACCCUCCCUCCCCAUCGAGGAUUAUUGUUCUGUUUUUUUUUUUGUUUGAGUUUUGUUAAAAUGAUCAAUGUCGCUGUGUUUCUAGUAUAUGUGCACACUCAGAGUGUACCUAUGUGGGAUAGGUAUCCACCUAUGAAUGGUAAUAGUGCUGCUAGCGAGUAACGAUUAACCUAUUCCAAAGCGAUUGUUGGUCUCCAGCGAGGGAUCCUGUAAACCCCCUCAAGAAAGUAUAUAGACCCACAUACUUGUAAAUAGAUUCUUCAUAGUAAACACACUCACACGUCCUUUUUCACUGACGCAAAUACAAAUACAAACAUUCAUUGUAAUCUUAGGAAAAAAACAAAAACAAAGCAAGUCGUAUGUAUGUCCGAUAUGAAAACGAACAAAUUUAUUAAUAAAGAACUGCUAGGUAUGAAAUCUGAAGGUGAUUCUCCGGAAGCGCCAAAGGUUGCCAAAUAACAGCCAGGGACUACACAAGCCUAGGGCAUUUAGGUUCUAUUCAGUACACACGGAACUUCGGAGUGAACGAUUCUUUAAUGAACAGUUGAAUGAUGAUUUGGAGAAGGAUGCAUUCACUGCCCGUGUUGUUAGAGGGUGUUCAAAGUUCCACUCGCAAAAUAGUUUCCCGCCCCCUUCCGAGAUUGAAAAAAUCUACAUCACACGGUAGCCAAUUAAGCAGAAGCUAGAGCAGCGACCAUUUUGUACACGUGUAUAACUGUUAGUUUAUUAUGGAAUUCUUUCUGAACUCGGAAAUUUUCCAGGAUCACGCAAAGAAGAUGAAAUGGUUUUUAUGAGGUAAGGUUAAAGUUUUAUCAAACGAGUAAAAGCAAAAGAUUGACACAUAUGUCUCAGUUGAUGAUGAAACCGAGAAAAUGAUAGUUAAAUGUAUUUAUUAAUAAAUUGUAUAGUAAUUGUACGCAUGAUGUUCGCGAUAUAACACCUCCAUAGCAUCACUUUCGGUUUGCAAUGUCAUUGAUUGGAACUAUCAAAAAUCUACCUUGGAGGAAGUGAAGGAAAGGAAAACUAUAUUAAGAGGAUGUUUUAACGAGAUAAAUACUAACCUUGUUUGAGUAAAGUAAAGCAUACCUACAGAUUAACGGGCACAACAAGAGAAUGCGCAAUCACCGACAAUAGUAAGUUGCAGUAACCGAUCCGACAGAUAGCGCUUGAGUCUGUUCCUAUGUGUUACGUUUUUUUCUGUUUGUUAUGCUGAAAUAUCGUUUUUCUUUACUGGAUCUUUAAGUGUUUGAUAUGAGGUCAUUUGGCAUAAUGGAAACAACGUUGUUAGCUAAAAACAAUCAGGGGACCGUUGUUAGUUCACGCGAACCUCUCCUAAUAACUGAACGAAGAGCAGUUGGGUGUGGUGAUGAUCAUUUCAAUUGUCCCAGUAAACGAAAUGGUGACCGAGCAGGUUAAAAUAGAUGCAGGCAUGUUAUAGGUUAUUGAAACUUUGUUCUAGGCUUCUGGCCGUUUACUUCAAAUAUAUAGUGUGGGCUGUAGAAGACACUGGUGGUCGAUGAGUUCCACUAAUCCAUUGGUCUCUCGGGAUUUCGAGAUUUCUGCUGUUUACAUGUUAUUACCAAGACUAUGUUGGUCGCUAUUACGGUACGUAAAAAGCUGGCUACACUGAUUGUUGAGCUCACCUUUAAUAAUGUAAUACGAAAAAUUUGAAUUAACAAUAUGCAUUCAAAGGCUUCCCACAGAACUUGGAUCCAAUGUGCCAAUUGACCCCACAUACAAUAGUACUGAUCCAUUGGCAACUGUUCUCCGUAACUCACAAAAUAAUGUCUAUAACGCGGAACAAAUCGUGUUUUUUUAGAUUGUGUUCAAGACAAACAAAAACUAGUUAUAUUUGUGGAAAGUUAGUAAAGAAAUAAAACAGAUUCACGAAAGAGACAAACCGAGUCGGUUGGGUGUUUUACAAGCAAGUGAACAAAAAUAGAAUUUGACGAUUUGAAAAAGGAUAUAAUGAUACAGCAAACAGCUGAAAACACUUAUAUAUAUGACAAAAGAAACUGUAAUAUUUCACUGUGAAUAUAUACAUAUAUAUGAAAAUAAAAAAAAAGUGAAGAAA